AUGCCGGCCCGUGGCAUCGGUCGCGUUGGCGCUUUUGGCAUCUUUGCUUUGACUCCUGGACAUUGCCAGGAUGUCCAGCAAAGCGAGCGCCUGCAAGCGUUGCUCUCCGAGCUUGAUGAGCCGUGGCCUUUGCGGGAGCAAGCGCUGGGCGAUGCUGGAACCUAUGGUGAACUGAGGGCUGCUGGUGUGGCGGCCAUGCUGGACUUCUUCGCCUCGCUUUCCCCCCUUGGUCCUGACGAUGUCUUUGUUGACCUCGGCUCUGGUCGCGGCCGCGUCCCAGCGCAGGUGGUGUUGCAGAGCCCCGCCCAUGCAGUUGGCAUCGAGCUCUCACUGUCCCGUGCUGCUGCAGCUUCCAGACUGCAAGGGGCUCUUCAGCGUCGCGAUGAAGAGAGCUCAUCGCGGCUGGCAUUGCUCCAAGGAGACUUCCGGGAGAUGAAGACUUGGUCCAGCGCUACGCUGGUCUAUGUCAACUCCGCAGCCUUCCCUGCGAAGCUCCUUUUCGAGCUGAGAGCUGCGUUUCAGCAGCUGCAACCCGGCUCCCUGGUGCUCACC